AUGAGCAGCAAUACCUCUGAGGAGAACUUUGAGUGGGUUGAGACGCCACCGGCGCCCUCGCCCACGACGCCCGCCUUCGACUGCGGCGUCAAGACGACUUCGUACCCGACCAUUGCGAAUGCUCCUCUGCCUGCAGAAGGUUCCGGUCGCGACUCGUUCAACAACUAUGCCCUCAUCUCGCUGCUGGUUGGCAUCCCCGCCUACAUCACCUGGAGCUGGGGUAUGGGCUUCAAGACAUGGGUUUUCCUAGCCCUUGUCCUGUUCCUUCCUAUUCUAGGACCAUUCUGGUGGCUUACCUCUGAAUUCGCACCCCGCAAGAACGAGAAAGCCAAACUUCCCGGCAAGCCCAUAGAGCACUACCUCAAGUUCACUAAGCCCGAGGACCGCGACGCAUACUAUGGCAAGAAGCAGAUCCCCAUUGAGACGUUUCAGGAGAAGUACUUCGACGGUGAGGUCGAGCUCAAUGGCGACAUGCUCGAGAUUCUCGAAUGGCGCCACGACUGGUCCAAGCCCCGCUUCACCCUCGGAUUGAUCAAGCACUUCCUCUUUGGCAUGAUCCCGGAGAUGAUUGUUCACUCCAAGUCUCAGGACGAAGAACAGGUCCGCGACCACUACGACCGCGGUGACGACUUCUACGGCUGGUUCCUCGGUCCUCGUAUGAUCUACACCUCCGGCAUCAUCUCCGACAUCAACACUGAGGAGAGUCUCGAACAGCUACAGGAUAACAAGAUGUCAAUCGUCUGCGAGAAGAUCGGUCUGAAGAAGGGCGAGAAGAUGCUCGACAUUGGUUGCGGAUGGGGUACCCUUACCAAGUUCGCCUCCGUCAACUACGGUGCUCACGCUACGGGUGUUACUCUUGGUCGCAACCAGACUGCUUGGGGCAACAACGGCCUCAGGAAGGCUGGCAUCGAAGAAGACCAGUCCAAGAUUCUCUGCAUGGACUACCGUGACAUUCCCCUCCCUCCUGGUGGCUACAACAAGAUUACCUGUCUCGAGAUGGCUGAGCACGUCGGUGUCCGCCACUUGAGCGGUUUCUUCCGUCAGGUCUACGAUAUGCUCGAUGACGACGGUGUCUUCUUCCUCCAGAUCGCUGGUCUCCGCAAGGCUUGGCAGUUCGAGGACUUCACCUGGGGUCUUUUCAUGAACAAAUACGUCUUCCCCGGUGCCGAUGCUUCUACUCCUCUGGGUUUCGUUAUCGACACCCUCGAGGGCGCUGGUUUUGAGGUCAAGAUGGUUGACACCAUCGGUGUACACUACUCUGCUACUCUUUGGAGGUGGUACCGCAACUGGCUCGCCAACAAGGAGAAGGUCGUUGCCAAGUACGGCAUCCGAUGGUUCAAGAUCUGGGAAUACUUCCUCGCCUACUCUACGAUUGCCUCCCGCCAGGGAUCUGCUACUUGCUUCCAAAUCACCUGCGUCAAGAACCUCAACGCUGUCCACCGUAUCGACGGUAUCAACACCCAGUUCAGUCUCUCUGCUGCUCUCGCUGCUAGCAGGGCGAAGCUCUCCAAGGCCCAGUAA